GAUACUAGAUCUUAAUAUCCUAUCUUCUAUCAAAACUCAAAAGCAAUUUUAGUGAAAGAAUCGUCAUGGCUGCAGCUCAAGUUCUUGCUGUUUCUAUCCUAUUGGCCUUAGCUUCCUCCCUGGCUUUCGCUUCUGAUCCAAGUCCCCUCCAAGACUUCUGUGUUGCCAUUAAGGAUCCCAAGGCCGCAGUGUUGGUAAAUGGGAAGUUCUGCAAAAACCCAAAACUUGCAAAAGCAAAAGAUUUCUUCUUUUCUGGUCUUCACAAGCCUGGAAACACAUCCAACCCAGUGGGCUCCAAAGUAACUGCAGUGAACGUAGAGCAAAUUCCUGGGCUGAAUACUCUUGGAAUCUCCUUGGCUCGCAUUGACUUUGCUCCCUAUGGUCUCAAUCCUCCCCACACGCACCCACGCGCCACCGAGAUCCUGGUGGUGUUGGAGGGAACUCUCUACGUCGGCUUUGCCACCUCCAACCCUGACAACCGCUUAAUCACCAAAACCCUUAACAAGGGAGAUGUGUUUGUGUUCCCCGUCGGCCUCAUUCACUUUCAGUUCAAUACCGGAGAAACCAAUGCUGUGGCUCUAGCUGGCCUGAGUAGUCAGAACCCUGGUGUUAUCACCAUUGCUAAUGCUGUGUUUGGAUCAAAGCCCCCCAUCAGGGAUGAUGUUCUCGCCAGGGCAUUCCGAGUUGACACCAAGCUUAUUGAUAAUCUUCAAGCUCAGUUUUGGAUGGACAACAACUAGAAAGGGCAUUACGUAUUACUAGUCCUAGUCCAAACUCAUAAAUUGAUUGUUUUAAU